CUGAUCUGUUCACCAAUUAAUAUUGAAAGGAGUCACAUAGAUAUAUGCAAAUUAAAAUGGCAGCUCAACACCAACACUAUACCGUAGAAGUAGGGGAUACCAAUUUUACUAUCCAUAGUCGCUACAUUAACCUAAGGCCCAUAGGAUCUGGUGCCCAAGGAAUAGUAUGUGCUGCUUACGACACUGUCACUGAGCAAAACGUGGCCAUCAAGAAGUUAUCGCGACCAUUCCAAAAUGUAACCCAUGCCAAGAGAGCAUAUAGAGAAUUCAAGCUAAUGAAGCUUGUAAACCAUAAAAACAUUAUUGGCUUGCUUAAUGCUUUUACUCCGCAACGAAAUUUAGAGGAUUUUCAAGACGUUUACCUUGUCAUGGAGCUAAUGGACGCUAAUCUCUGCCAAGUCAUUCAAAUGGACUUGGAUCAUGACAGAAUGUCAUAUUUGCUAUAUCAAAUGUUGUGCGGAAUAAAACAUUUGCAUUCAGCUGGAAUUAUACAUAGAGACUUAAAACCAUCCAAUAUAGUGGUGAAGGCCGACUGUACUCUAAAAAUUUUAGACUUUGGACUUGCACGCACUGCAGGAACUACCUUCAUGAUGACUCCGUAUGUUGUAACACGCUACUACAGGGCACCAGAAGUCAUUUUGGGAAUGGGCUAUACUGAGAACGUUGAUAUAUGGUCCGUCGGGUGCAUUAUGGGUGAAAUGAUACGAGGUGGGGUACUCUUUCCUGGAACAGAUCAUAUAGAUCAGUGGAAUAAAAUUAUUGAGCAAUUAGGCACACCAUCUCCAUCAUUUAUGCAACGGUUACAACCAACUGUACGAAAUUAUGUGGAAAAUCGUCCUCGGUACACUGGAUAUUCAUUUGAUAGACUCUUUCCCGAUGCAUUAUUUCCAAAUGAUAAUAAUCAGAACAGUCGAAGGAAAGCUGCAGACGCCAGAGAUCUCCUUAGUAAAAUGCUUGUAAUUGACCCAGAACAGCGGAUAUCUGUAGACAAGGCAUUGAAACAUGAAUAUAUAAAUGUCUGGUACGAUGCUGAGGAAGUAGACGCUCCUGCUCCAGAGCCGUAUGAUCAUAGCGUUGAUGAAAGAGAACAUACUGUGGAACAAUGGAAGGAGUUAAUUUAUGAAGAAGUUAUGGACUACGAGGCACAUAACACUAAUAAUAGAACACGGUAGAGAUGGAAGAUAUCAUGUGUUAGGCAGUCACAUUACCUCCAGCUAAACAAAUAUUCUUCUUGUACUGUUAAAUUAUUAUAGGAAUUAUAAGAAUAUCCAACUUGUAUUUAAAUAUAUAAUAGCCCUUUAAAUAAAAUUAAAA